AUGGCCAGCUCAAACAACAGCACCAUUCUGUCGCUGUUCGCUUCAGAGGACUCUAUCAACUCCCAUAACAACAACAACUCUUCGGGCACUAAUGGCACCACCACCUCCACCUCAAAGCGCAAUGGCAAACAGUCCAAGAAGCAAUCAAAGGCGAUCAAACAGGAGGAGCAUGAAAAUGCCAUUGCUGCUGCUGCUUCAGCAACUGUCAACGAUCUUAGUGAGGGAUCAAACAACAACAACAACAACAACAACAACAACAGCCUCAGCAGCACCUCACCAAACAUCAUCAUCAACGGCGGCCAGGAAGGGGAAGAGAACGUCGUCAACGACGACGACGACUACUUCCCUACAACAAUUCACCAAGAGUCUGCUGCAAAGCAGGUCUGCAAAGCAGAGCUUGAGGACGGCGAGACGACACUGGAGGCCGCAAAGGAGGCCUCAACUUCGCAAUCUCCGACUGGGGGUGAUG